GACGAGGUGGAGGAAACGGCGGCGGCGGCGACGACGACAGAGGAGAAGGCGGAGGAGACGGAAAAGGAAGAAGAGGUGGAGGAAGAGGAGGAGAAGAAGACCGAGGAGACGACGAAGGUAAAGGAAGCAACGCAGAGGGGUGGCUGGUGGCGAACGCGCGCGCGAGGGGUGGGGAUCAGCAAUAGCUAGAAGGUACGAGGAGAAGAGGCGGCUGUGGUAGGAGAAACGGAGAGACUACAUAGUGCAGAAGCCGAGGCAACGCACUAAGCCACGAGGGGCUAUUCGAGCGAGAAGGGGAGGGGUGACAAGGAGCCCUGGCGGGGAGGGGACGCGGAGGCCUUCGGGGGGCCGACCAACCAGACGGCCGAUGAUGUCAUCGGAGGAGGAGACCGAGUGUUUCGCCCUCUACGGAGCAACCACGGAAAGCAAGCAACAGCAACUCCUGAAGAAGCAGAAGCGCACCAGACAGCGCGUGGACGCCGGCGAGCCGCGCAACAGCUACUCAAGUAUACCGAACUUCAGCUCCCGACCAUCCUUUCUCGGCGGUGGUCUAUACGGCUCGAUCUUCAGUGGUAGUGGGGCACCGUCGCACCAACAGCCGCAGCAGCAGCAACCGCAGCAGCAGCAGCAGCAGCAGCAGCAACCGCAGCAGCAGCAGCAGCAGCAGCCGCAACAACAACAACAACAACAACAGCAGCAGCCGCAGCAACAUCAUCAGUCGCAAUCGCAACAACAACAGCAGCAGCAACAGCUCCAGCAGCAGGCUGGAGCUACAGGCAGCCAAAGUCAUUUAGGUACAGUUACGACGGGUCCUACAACCCAGCAGCAUUCCGCCCACGCGGCCUUCGGCUUCUUCGGGGCUCCGGGCUUCGGCCCCGCCAAGAUGCUGAACGAGUUACUAGGGCGGCAGGUGAAGCAAGCCAGUGACGCUGGCGGAUCACCGCCCGAGGGUGGUCACGGGAUGACCGGUGCCGGCAUGGAUCCCGCCUCGAAUCUGCAACCGGGCGCCGUGGUUAAUUGCGACGACCCCGCCACGGCCGACCUCACGCAGCACAUGCUCCGCGACAUGCUUCUGCAGGGGCGCAAGCUCUCCGCCCUCGGUGUGCAAGAGCAGCCCAACAAUAACAACAGUAUACACAGUAACAAUAAUAACAACACCACCGCGGAAUUACUUAAGUCUCAGCAUCAGCAGAGUCCCCAGCAGCAUCAGCAGCAGAACAGUGAUAGUGCGCGCAGUGGAACAGUGCAGAGUGGCGGGGAGGAGAGUGGUGAUGGCAAUAACGUCGUGAAUAGCGCGAACCACAGUGACCGUGAUACCGUGAUGCCGGGCGAUGCUGAGGACAGCGCCGAGGAUGCUGCGUCCGCGGCGCGCGCGAUGGAGGAGGCUUUCGCCGAGGCCGGUAUGGAGCCGGGAGCAAAUCUAGACGGAUCGGAUUGCGAGCAGAGCUUACCACCCAGCCCAACGGCGCCGAGGUCAGGCUCCGUUUCUGUCAAGGAGGAGAUACAGGAGUCGCUGAAUAUCAAACGUAGCCCCAGUCACUCCCCCUGUCCAGUCGUGCCGAAGACCGAGACGAGCUCUCCGACGACGGAGAUCAAACGCGCCCGCGUGGAGAACAUCGUCAGCACGAUGCGCAGUAGCCCGGCGCUACAGCCGGCUACGGUGAACGGCUGCAAGAAGCGCAAGCUCUACCAACCUCAGCAGCAGACGGUGCACCACGUUAUCCAACAUAGUGUCAACGAUACCAUGAUGGACGACGAGGACGACAGCGAGGAGGAGGAGGAUCCAGCGACGAUCAGGCAGAAACGGGAGGAGAAGGAUAACCUGAAGUCUCAGCUGAAGAUGCUGCACGAGCAAUUGGCGGAGAUGCAGCAAAAGUACAUCGAGCUCUCCAGUAGAAUGGAACCGGACACGAGUGAGAGCGGCGACGCGCCACCCAGUCCUCAGCAUCAACCGCAACCGCCACCCAGACCGCCACGACCUCAUCCACCGCCGUACAACGGCCUCCCAGCCCUCCCACCCGAUCACCCGCACGCAGCGGCUGCCGCUAUGUAUCACAUGGGGCACAAACUUUACUUCGAGCAACAACACGCCGCCCUCGAGAGGAUGAAGCAACAUCAGGAAGCGGCCGUGAGGCAGCAGCAGCAGCAGCAGCAACAGCAGCAGCAGCAGCAGCAGCAGCAGCAACAGCAGCAGCAGCAGCAGCAGCAGCAGCAGCAGCAGCAACAGCAGCAGCAGCAGCAGCAGCAACAGCAGCAGCAGCAGCAGCAGCAACAACAGCAACAGCAGCAGCAGCAGCAGCAGCAGCAACAACAUCAACGACAAAGUUCGCCACCGCCACCAAGCCAGCCUCAGCAACAGAGCCAGAACAACACUGGACCUUCGACGCCGCAGACGCCGCAAAUGCAAUCAGCCACCACGCCUAUACAACAUAAAGACUUCCAGGAGAGGUUAAACGUCUUCAGGGGCGCCGCGGCGGCAGCCAGCUCGUCCGGUCCUCACAUCACCGGAGCCGACUUGGAAGGCUUAGCGGAUAUCCUGAAAACGGAAAUCACCUCUUCCUUAACCAAUCUGAUCGAUAGUAUAGUCGCGAGGUUCGUGCAACAGAGGAGGUUUCUCGGUAAGCAGACCGAGGCAGCGCAGGCUGCCGCCGAGCAGCUCAACAAGGACCUCCUUCUGGCGAGCCAAAUGCUCGAGAGAAAGUCGCCGAGGACGAAAGUAGUCGAUAGAGGAGCACCACAACCACCCGGUGGCCCAAACGGGCCACGGGGGCCCCUCAACGGUGGGCCCCCUCCUCCACAACCCACGGCAUUUUCGCAAAUCGGGUCCAUAGGUGGUGUUCCUCAUGGCCCUCACGCUGGCCCCACGGAAAAUAACCUCAACCAAAUGAAUCAGCUGCCCUCGCACGGGAGACCAAGCGUUGGAAUGUUUCAGACGCCAAAACCGCCGACGAUAUACGCGAUGGCCUCCAUGCAGGCGCAACAACAGCAACAGCACCAGCAGCAGCAUCAGCAACAACGCGAGCAGCAGCAAAGGGAGCAACAGCAACGCGACCAAUAUUGCAAUAUGAGGGGUGACGAAAGAGAAAACAGGGAUUCGGAACAAAACGAAGCCCUCUCGCUCGUCAUGACGCCAAAGAAAAAGCGUCAUAAGGUGACGGAUACGAGAAUUACUCCCAGGACGGUGUCUAGAAUCCUAGCGCAAGAGGGAAACGGAUCGCAAGGAGGUAGCGACAGUCCCCCGCCUCCUCCGCCACCGAGACCCUACCACGCGCCACCACCGAUGCUGCCGGUGUCUCUGCCAACGAGUGUAGCGAUACCAAAUCCAAGUCUCCACGAGAGUCAAGUGUUCUCGCCCUAUUCGCCGUUUUUCAAUCCUCACGCGAGUCAUCCUGGUCAAGUACCACCUCCGGGGCCACAUCAUUUACCCGCGAGUCCUCCGGGUGGAGGUGUAGAACUCAGGGAUUCCCCUCCACUGCCCCAUCCGCCGGCUAUGUUGCAUCCAGCCCUACUGGCGGCAGCCCAGCACGGCAGUCCGGAUUACGGACACCUUAGGAUGGACAGCAACGACCGAGCUAGCGACUGCAACUCAGGCGAUAUCAGCUACGAUGGAAUUCAGCCUACAUCGUCGACGCUGACGCCGAUGCAUCUGAGGAAGGCGAAGCUGAUGUUCUUCUGGGUCAGGUACCCGUCCUCGGCCGUCCUUAAGAUGUACUUCCCCGACAUCAAGUUCAAUAAAAACAACACAGCGCAGCUAGUCAAGUGGUUCUCCAAUUUCCGAGAAUUCUACUACAUCCAAAUGGAGAAAUACGCGAGACAAGCGGUUUCGGAGGGCGUGAAGAACGCCGAAGACCUCCGAGUUGGGGGCGACUCGGAAAUCUACCGGGUUCUCAACCUUCACUACAACCGUAAUAACCACAUUGAGGUAUGGGGUCCCCAGGUACCCAGCAACUUCAGGUACGUUGUGGAGCAAACGUUGAAAGAGUUCUUCAAAGCGAUUCAGGGCGGCAAGGACUCCGAGCAGAGCUGGAAGAAGUCCAUCUACAAGGUGAUCUCGAGGUUGGACGACCCGGUGCCAGAGUACUUCAAGAGCCCGAACUUCCUGGAGCAGCUCGAAUGAAUCAGGAGGUCGCGUGGCUCUUGCUCUUCGUGGUGCGCGGGCUCGCCUGCGCUAGUCGGCUCCCGAUAAUCAGGAACGACCAACGAGAAAGGAUCGCAUCCGCCAGGAGGUACACGUCCUUCGCGUAGUGCGCGUUCAGGUACCCUUAAAUAACAUAUCGCAAAAACGAACGUGAGAGAAGGAGGGUUAGGAAGGGAGAGGAGACACGGACUAAGCCAAGGAACAGAGGCACCGUCGACGUUCGUGCGCCACGGCGUCGUUAAGGUGCCAACGAAGGAUCAGGCUGUGACUAAAUCACGAAUCAAACGAGAGCGAGACAUAGAAAGAGAAAGAGAGAGAGGGAGAGAGAGAGAGAGAGAAAGAGAUAGUGGAGGAGAUACACAGUAACACACACUGUAACACCGCGUGAAUCGACGGCUGACGAAACCCGAAAGCCGUGAGGUGUCGAACGCCCAUCGACGUUCCUCUUGUUUCAACCGAACGAGCGAGUGAGAAGGUGAUCUUGGAACGAGACGAAGAAACACGACGAAUGCGUGGUCAACGAACGGCGAGGAUAGAUAGCUUCUAAUGUCGAUUUUGUCCGAUUUGUUUGUUACUUAGAGUAAUCAAUUCGUUAUCGCCUAAUUUUACAUCACACGAUAAGAAUAGGGGUUUAAGGAACACGAUGACACACUAGCUGGGGUCGCAUUUGCAUAGAGAAAGAGGGAGAGAGACAAAGACGUCCGGAACAGUUGCGAGAGCGCGUCCAAAGAUUGACUAAGUCACACACGGCAGACACACACGGUGGUUCCUCUUCUGGCUCGAAGCCGAGACCCGGAAGCGGGACCUUCGUCAUCGUCGUCGUCGUGAGGAACGACGCCGGACGGGCAGCGGUACUUCCCGUCCCGCGCCGUUCUCCGGUGAGAGAGAGAGAGAGAGAGAGAGAGAGAGAGAGAGAAGCGUUCGGAGAUUAGAAGAAAGUGCUCGCGCGCUAUUCCGGACACACAAUCCUGCUCUAAGCUCUGUGAAAGUCGGCUUCGGUUUUGCAUGGAUCGAUGCUCUCUGACGGAACUCGGAAGGACUUCUUAUCGAUGCAUGAAUACGCCGGAUUCACGACGAUUCAUACUUCGAUAAGGAGAAAUUCUCUCACUGUGGAAAACCUAUAGUACGUUCCUUUCUUUCAGAAAUAGUUGAAUUCCCCGAGACACCGGUGUAUCGCGUCGGCGAAGGAAAGCGCGAGUGUCUCUCAACCUCGGCGCUUCUCGACCCGACGCGGUGAG